AUGUCCGAUUUAGCCAAUACCAAUCUCUUUGAGCCGCUCCAGGUGGGCCGCUACACUGUCCAGCACCGUGCGGUGCUCGCGCCGUUGACACGUUUCAGAAACGAUUCCAUCCAGGGCCCUACCGAGCACUCAGUCGAGUACUAUGCCCAGAGAGCGUCCAAACCCGGAACGCUUCUCGUGACUGAGGCCACGUUUGUGUCGCCUCGUGCUGGUGGCUACGAUGCCGCUCCCGGGAUCUGGUCUCCGGAGCAGGCUGCCCAGUGGAAGAAGGUGUUUGACGCGGUCCAUGCCAAGAAAUCCUUUGCCUUUGUCCAGCUCUGGGCGUUGGGCCGUGCCAGUAAGCCCAAGGCCCUCAAGGCCCGCAACUUGCCGUUUGUUUCUGCCUCUGCCAAGUACAUUGACGCAAAGGACCAGGCCAAGGCUGAGACCAGCGGUAACCCCAUCAGAGCCUUGUCUACCGCGGAAGUCAAGCAGUACGUUAAGGAUUAUGCCCGGGCGGCGGUCAGUGCGGUCACGGCCGGGGCUGACGGUGUGGAGAUCCACGGGGCGAACGGGUACUUGCCAGACCAGUUUACCCAGCUUAUUUCUAAUGAACGUACCGACGAGUACGGUGGCAGCGUGGAGAACAGAGCCCGGUUCCUUUUGGAAAUCGUGGACGCGGUCACUGCUGCUGUCGGAGAUGAUCGCACAGGGAUCAGAUUUUCGCCGUGGGGUGAGUUUGGGGGCAUGGGCGGGGCCAAGUACAACCCAGAGGAGACGUUUGGGUACAUAUUUUCCCAGUUGGAGAAGAGCCAUCCAAAAUUGGCCUACAUCCACUUGAUCGAGCCCCGUACUGGCGAUUUACACGGCAGCGAACAGACUUUGCCUGGUGACAAUGCGUUUGCAUGCAAGAUAUGGUCCGGGCCGAUUAUCAGAGCUGGAGACUACCAUAACCACUUUGAUGCGAUUAAAAGAGAUGUGGCUGACGGUAGAACCCUCAUUGCCUUUGGUAGAAGCUUCAUCUCGAACCCAGAUUUACCAGAGCGAUUACAAAGAGGCUGGGAGUUGACCAAGUACGACAGAAGAACGUUCUAUUCGGACUCUCCUGUGGGCUAUACCGACUAUCCGUUCUACCACAAGGAAAAGCUCUAG